UCUUGAGCUACAGAUCUCUCUUCACAUUCUCAUAUUCUUCAUUUCUACUUAGUUCUCUCUUUCACCUUUCUUCAAUGCCAAUCAUGGCUUCUCGUAAGAUCCUAUCUUCUCUUCUAAGAACCAAUAUCCGUUCAUCUGCCUUCAAAUGUCCAAUUCAAACCCGAUCUAACAAUGCAUCUCCAAUCGGAUAUCUCUUGAACCGGGUGGCCAAUUACGCCGCCUCUGCCGCAGCCGCUGCCCCGAAGUCCCCUUCGAAGGUGCAGGCGUCUGGUAAGGUUACUGAUGAGAUAACGGCGGCGGGUUCGAUCGGCAAGGUAUGUCAGGUGAUUGGAGCUGUUGUCGAUGUCAGAUUCGAACAAGGUGGAUUGCCGCCGAUCAUGUCGGCGUUGGAGGUGAUGGAUAAUUCUGUUAGAGUGGUUCUUGAAGUUGCGGCUCAUUUGGGAGAGAAUACUGUUAGGACAAUCGCCAUGGAAGCUACUGAAGGAAUGGUUCGUGGACAGAAGGUUCUUAACACCGGCGCACCCAUUACGGUGCCUGUUGGAAGGGGUACGCUUGGGCGUAUUAUGAAUGUGAUUGGAGAGGCUGUUGAUGGAAGUGGUGAUAUAAAAACGGAUCAUUAUCUUCCUAUUCAUAGAGAACCUCCUCUUUUCGUGGAUCAAUCGACGGAACAAGAGGUUCUCGUAACAGGAAUUAAGGUGGUGGAUCUUCUUGCUCCUUAUCAAAAAGGUGGUAAGAUUGGACUGUUUGGAGGAGCCGGUGUUGGGAAGACAGUGCUGAUCAUGGAACUUAUCAACAAUGUUGCCAAAGCUCAUGGUUUAGUUUACUAA